GCGGGCUCCGCGUCAGCAGCUGCCGCGGAGCGAGGCCGCGUCGGCCGCGGGUUGGAGCAGCUCAGGUGCGGCCCCGCCCCGCCCGCCUGCGGCCCCGCCCCGGCCAGGUGAACCGCCCCGCCCUGGCCCAGGUGAGUGGCCCGGCGUCCGCCGGUGUGACCCGAGUCCGCCUGACCCCCCCCCCGUCCCUCCGGUGGCUCUGGGUGUGCGUGUCCCCAGUUGCGGGGAAACCUGUAGGGGCGCCACGUCGCCGCCCGGGCAGCGCGUGCGGGUCCGUGGCCGCUCUUGGGCCCCGGCCAGGAAACCUUGACUGCGCUGAGGGUUUGCCCGGUGCCCAGGCCCUGGGCACUCUCUAGAGGAUGGGAUGACAGAUGCUGGAAGACCCGGGGAAGGCCCGGAGAGAGAUGGUGAAAACAGUGAGUGUGGCCCAAAGAAGAACAUUUUUAAACAGAUACAACCAUUGGGAGUGACAGCAGACUCACCAUGGAGGUUCCCCCAGCAACCAAGUUUGGCGAGACCUUUGCAUUUGAGAACAGGUUAGAGUCACAACAAGGACUCUUCCCAGGGGAGGACCCGGGGGACCCUUUUCUUCAGGAAAGAGGUUUGGAGCAAAUGGCUGUGAUCUACAAGGAGAUCCCUCUUGGUGAGCAAGGCGAGGAACAUGGUGAUUACGAGGGCAAUUUCAGUCUGUGCUCAAGCCCUGUUCAGCAUCAAAGUAUCCCCCCAGGAACCAGAGUCCAGGAUGAUGAGCUGUUUGGCCAAACCUUCCUCCAGAAAUCCGACCUCAGCGUGUGUCAGAUAAUCCACGGUGAGGAACCCAGCCCUACCGAUGAUGCGGAAACAGACCGGGGGCACUCAGGACCCAGUGCACCUCACAGAACCCCACAAGCAGCCAAGCCCUACGCGUGUCGAGAGUGCGGGAAGGCCUUCAGCCAGAGCUCCCACCUGCUCCGACACCUGGUGAUCCACACCGGGGAGAAGCCCUACGAGUGCUGCGAGUGCGGGAAGGCCUUCAGCCAGAGCUCCCACCUGCUCCGGCACCAGGUCAUCCACACCGGAGAGAAGCCCUACGAGUGCCGGGAGUGCGGGAAGGCUUUCCGCCAGAGCUCCGCCCUCACGCAGCACCAAAAGAUCCACACGGGAAAGAGGCCCUACGAGUGCAGGGACUGCGGGAAAGAUUUCAGCCGGAGCUCCAGCCUCAGAAAACACGAACGGAUCCAUACGGGAGAGAGACCUUAUCAGUGUAAGGAGUGUGGGAAGUCCUUCAACCAGAGCUCGGGCCUGAGCCAGCACCGGAAGAUCCACACCCUAAAGAAACCUCACGAGUGCGAUCUCUGUGGGAAAGCCUUUUGUCACAGGUCACACCUCAUCCGACACCAGCGGAUCCACACCGGGAAGAAACCUUACAAGUGUGACGAGUGCGGGAAGGCCUUCAGCCAGAGCUCCAACCUCAUUGAGCAUCGCAAGACCCACACCGGCGAGAAGCCCUACAAAUGCCAGAAGUGCGGGAAGGCCUUCAGCCAGAGCUCCUCCCUCAUCGAGCACCAGCGCAUCCACACCGGCGAGAAGCCCUACGAGUGCUGUCAGUGCGGCAAGGCCUUCUGCCACAGCUCCGCGCUCAUCCAGCACCAGAGAAUCCACACCGGCAAGAAGCCCUACGCCUGCGAGUGCGGCAAAGCCUUCCGGCACAGGUCCGCCCUCAUCGAGCACUACAAAACCCACACCCGAGAGAAGCCCUACGUGUGCAAUCUGUGCGGCAAGUCCUUCCGGGGCAGCUCGCACCUGAUUAGGCAUCAGAAGAUCCAUUCUGGGGAGAAGCUGUAGAAAGAGGAGCCCACACAAAGCUUGAAAGCCUGUGCCAGAUGGAGCCCUUAUCCACGUCGCAUGGUCUCUAGACCCCACCUACCUCCCUGAUGCUGAAUGAAAACCCUCCGACGUAAGCGCUCCUGAACCUCCCGCCAGCAGGAAGGCCCCGCGUGUCCCCUGCCAAGACCGCCAGCUCUUAGCAGUGUUCCUGCGUGGAAGGGAAGGCAGGGCAAUAGGGAGGGCAGCUGGAAAAGAGAGCUGGCCUUCAGUUUCUCCUUCUUGCAUUGGACUCCCGAGCCUGCAGGAUUCCAUUUUGUUCUGGCUUCACUUUUCCCAGAAUCCAGAAGAAGAAAUGCCAAGAGGGAGAAAGUCGAGUUAAACCCAGGAAAAUAUCAGAUGAACUCUUUAAAUCAGGCUGCAGCCUGGCACUUUUAGAAGACAGAAACCACACUCACAGUCCAGAUCAGUGAAAGAAAGAUGAAUCCGAAAGUAGAUAUGUCAGCAGCACAGUGGAAUUUUCCAACUGGGUUGGGCAUUGGUAGGGACGACCGAAACAGGUCAACAGAGCAAAGGCAGGUCUAGAGGGUGCGUCUUGGGAGUGGGGGUGAGGGUGGGGAGCCCCUGGGCGUGGUCUCUUAACCCUCUCCUUAGCCCGAGGUCAGUUUGCCUCAGACAGCUCUGUUACAGGAGGGUAGAGGUUUGGCCCUGUUGGCCAGAGGAUGUUUGACACCUGGCUGUGACUCAGCCUGGUCACUGGACAUGAUUGCCCUCCAGGAAUAAUCUCCGACAUGCAGUGUCCCCAAGACCACAGUGUGCCUUGGACAUCAGCAGGGCUGGGUCUGGUCUGGCCUGGCAGUGAUGCAGCCCUUCUGUCCCAGUGUCAGGGCACCUGGGAAGCUGGGUGGCUUGUUGGAGGAGGCUGUGGUCCAAUCAGAAGGUCUGGAUUCAAGUCCUAGUUCCACCUCCUCCUACCUGUGUGAACUUGAACCAGUCCUGUAACCUCCCCAGGCUCCAUUUCCCCAUCCAAGAGUUGGGUAACGGGACCCAGCCAUGUGCCUCUAAGGGUUGGUGCCAGGCUGUCAUUUAGAACUCGGCCACAUGUGAAAGUGCUUUGGCAACUAUGAGCAGUCAUGGUGACUAAAGACAGAGACCCAGAGUGACCCCUGCCUCACCCCUGUGCAUUUCCGCAGGCUGGAGAGAUGUUCCCAUUUGGUGUCUGAGCGGUGGGACCUCUCACUGAGUAGGGCUUUCCCUCCCUCAGCCCCUUACAGCCUGGGCUGUGUAUGCUCUCAGAUGCAGUGUCCCACACAAGGACACUUCCUCUUGGAUGCCGUCCUGAGCCUCCUAUAGCAGCAGCAGCAUUCUGCACUUCCACAUUCUCUGUCCUCCCUGCCUGCCAACUGGAGUUCACGUGGGGCCUGUUUAAACAGUACCAUUGCCUGUUUCACCUGGACCAGUUCAGUCAGCCCUGAUGGUGGCAUGUUUUAAAGCUCCCCAGGUGAUUAUAACUUCCUAGUGUGUGGCCAGGCUGUGGGCCCUGUGCUGGGCUUUUUUUUUUUGAACAGAGUCUUGCUCUGUUGCCAGCCUGGAAUGCAGUGUGGGAUCUUGGCUCACUGCAACCUCUGCCUCCUGGGUUCAAGCGAUUCCCCUGCCUCAGCCUCCCAAGUAGCUGGGCCUACAGACAUGCACCGCCUCGCCUGACUAAUUUUUUAUAUUUCAGUAGAGACGGGGUUUCCCCGUGUUGGCCAGGAUGGUCUCAAUCUACUGACCUCGUGAUCUGCCCGCCUCAGUCUCCCGAGGUGCUGGGAUUACAGGCGUGAACCACCGUGCCCGGCUGUGCUGGGCUUUCAUGCAUCCCCUGACAGCUUCCAAUGUCAGCCUGCUGGCUUUGGAUGAGCAGAGCUUGAAGGCCAUUCUGUCUCAGUGCCGUACUCCUCACUCCACCAACCUGGAGCCUCAGGGAUGGGCUCAGGCAGUGCUGGUCAGCUGGGCGCUUGGGAAGUGUGUGUCCCAGGCCUUGGGGACGCCUUUAGUUCUGGCUUCCCUUGGGCUCAGAGCUAGUGGGGAAGGAGGCAGUCUAGGCUGUUUUGAAGUUCCCUAAACAUUUAUGGCUGGGCUCACAUAGACUUACCAUGGUAGCAGUGGCUACUUCAGCUGAUCAGAAGCUCAGCAUGGCCCUUAUGCCUAGUUUUGAUAAAUAAAUAUGGGAAAGCCA